UUCAUCGUCCCCAAUCCUCGGUCCCCACCCUCUUCUUCCUUUCCAAUCCUAUCCGCUUUCAUUCCCUUCACCAACUUCAUUCCUUCAAUGGCCAUCGACGUCCUUCGUCGAUUCCUCCUCUGUUUCAACUCCGCCGACUCCCCCGUCGCCAAUCCCUCACACUCCGCCGCCAACCCCGCAUCCUCCGCCACACCCAAGAAACGCCUCAGCACCUCUCUCCGGGACGACAUUGCAGACGAGAAAACGAACGCCAGAGGAACCUGUAAUCAAGAUCAAGAUUCCAGUUCCGACUCCAUCGGCACCGCCGCCUCGGCCGCACCCCCGCGGCCUUCGAAAUCGAUGGUAAUCGGAACCAUCUUCGGCAACCGCCGCGGCCACGUCUGGUUCUGCGUCCAGCACGAUCGGUUAUCUAUUAAACCUAUUCUGCUUCUCGAGCUUUCCAUCUUCACAAACCAGCUGGUCCAAGAAAUGCGGUUCGGGUUGGUCCGAAUAGCUCUCGAAUGCGACAGAUCCGGACUCGAAUCCUGCCCACUCCGAUCAGUACCCGUUUGGACCAUGUUCUGCAACGGGCGGAAAGUCGGGUUUGCGGCAAAGAGGAAACCAAGCGAAAGGGUCACGCUGAUUCUGAAGACGAUGCAGUGCGUGUCAGUCGGAGCCGGAGUCUUACCGUCUGGCUUGAAGACGGAUUCGGUAUCGGAAGAGCUUAUGUAUAUGAGAGCUAAUUACGAGCACGUGGUGGGAAGCGCAGAUUCCGAAUCGUUUCAUCUCAUUAACCCAGACGAGUCACCUGGUCAAGAACUCAGCGUCUUCUUGCUGCGAUCUUGAAGUCAUGUUCCUCGUUGAGUAGGGCUAUUUUCGAAAAAAGAUCCCAAAUUUAUAUUUAUUUUGGAAUUGGAAUUUCUUGUACAGAUAUGACAAAGCCUUUUUUUCCCCCCUCCUUUGUGCUAGUAGAAAUUUCAAUUAUCCAGGAGGGUUGAAAACUAGGUGUUUUUUUUUCCCUCGUUAUUUUGACACCAACCGAGCUUCCAGCUCGAAUUCUUUAGCUAGCUUCAAUGGGUUGAAAUUGAAAAAUCCUUAUCAAGAUUUUCAGUUUCUUGGAAAGUGAACCAAUUGAGUACUUACCACCAGAUCCAAGUUUUCUUAGAGUUCUUCACUAUUUUUUUAUGUUUUCUUUCUGGGACUGUUCAUUAAGGCCAUGUGAGUUCUGUGGGUAGAUAAGAUUUUCUGUGUAUAAUUUCACAAUAUUGUAUCCUUACACCUUUGUCCAUAGUAAAACAAGCA